AGAGAUAGCCUUUCCUCACUCUUCUUGAUAAGUGAAAUACGGUUUGUACUUCGCUUCUCAGUUUCUCGCCGGAUUCCAUCUUAGGAUUUCCAAUCGAAAAACUGUUCAUCAAAUCUAACGCUCGUGUGAAUUAAAAGGAGAGAAAAAGAAAGCAAAGUCUUUAACCAGCUGCAGCAGAUCUAAGGGAAUUUGAUUCUGUUUUUAUAAGCUUCUUUUUAGCUUUUCUCGGACAAAAAAGAAGAAAAAAUGGGAGUGAAAGUUGCUACAACGACCUGUUUUCAAUGGUCGCAGCCAAUUACUCAUCAUUCACCGUCUUCCUCUCAAUCUCUAGCCUCUGCAAUUUCAUCUCCAUCGUCUAAACGACAGCGUCGUUUCGAUGGAACUGGAGGUUGUGUGCUCCUGUGCAGAUGCUUACAGAGACUAGACCGACGGACUCUGUUUGGAACUCCAUUAACAACAAAGAUACAGAGGGCUCGUUCUUACGAGUUUCCGAAAUCAAGAGGUCAGACUAUAAAAAGAGCUAGCAGUGCUAGCUCGGAUGCCUUUUCUGAUGAAGAAUUUUCCAAGAAAAUUCAAGAAUUGGCUCUCAAAUUCCAGCUUUCCGACGACGAUGACGAUGGCAGUGACGCAGUGGAUUCCGAAUCAGAGAUUCUUUCUGAUUCUGGAGACAACCUUGGCAGUAUUAAUGGCGGGGACAUUUAUAGUAACUUUAUCCGUGAAGAUUCGUCAAAUUUAGUGCAGGACCAAAGGCAGUUUCCUCUGGAUUCAAUGGAGCCUCCAUGGCCAGAAAUCCAGCAAGAGCCACCAGAUUGGUCAGGAAGAGAUGAUAUAAUUCCAGCAAGUAUUGAACGGAAGGCGAAUAGCGUCGACCUUCCACUUUCGCUUCGAAUGAUAAAGAGAAAGAUGCAAUGGCAAGAAGGGCUUAGAGAAGCAGGGGAAUCUGCUUAUUGUUCGGUGAAGAAGGCGUUUUCUUCCAUGGUGUUCAUAAUUCGAGAACUUCACGCUUAUAGUUUGCAAAUGAGAGAGUUUCUUUUCACUGAAGAUUUGCAAGGGAUUCUUGCUCGUGUACAGAAAGAAAUGCAUGCUUCUUUCGUUUGGUUGUUUCAGCAAGCGUUUUCACAUACACCUACUCUUAUGAUGUAUGUGAUGAUUCUCCUUGCAAACUUUACUGUACAUUCCAUGGCCACUAACGCUGCACUUGCAGCUCCACCAAAUUCAGGGUCUUAUGCAGCUACAACAGAGAGUGUAUCUGUCGUUGAAACCCCAGACCAAAAGAAUCAAAAGUUUGAUUCUUCAUCAGUAAAAAUGUUUUCGGUAUCAUCUUCAAGCGGCAAAACAACUUCAAUUGGGGGCAAUAAUGGCGGUGGCGGAAAGGUCCGGCCGCUCGCCAGUGGCACUGAAGGCGAUGGAUGGUUCGACCAGUCGAACCAAAUUAGAACAAUUGUCCCUGACGGGGCAUCUCAAUUGUCAUCUUUAGGGACAUCAAGGGAGGCCGAGUCAGCAUCAGAGCAAGGGAGUAGAGAAGAGGAGUUGAGUCUAUGGAAUUCAAUCGUAGAGGAGGCUUCUAAAAUGCAAUAUUUUCCAUUGCGCGAUGAAUCCCUUGAUCAUGAGACCAUUCAGAGAUUUGUUUCACCUAUUAACGCCAAGAUCGAGGCGGAUGAUUAUGCAGAGUAUUUUAGAACAGAUUUACAAUAUCAAAUGGGAUUGUCUCAAGACCCUAACAAUCCUCUCCUCCUUGCCAAUUACGCUCAAUUCCUCAACAUGGUCGUCCACGAUUACGACAGGGCAGAGGAAUACUUUAAGCGAGCAAUAGGGGCGGAGCCACCGGACGCAGAGGCAUAUAGCAAGUACGCAAGCUUUCUAUGGCACGUGAGAAAGGAUUUGUGGGCAGCUGAGGAGACUUUCUUGGAAGCCAUUUCUGCUGACCCUACAAACUCUUAUUACGCUGCUAACUAUGCUCAUUUUCUUUGGAACACUGGUGGAGAGGACACGUGUUUCCCUCUUAGCUCCCAAGAUAAUGCCCAUGAAGUCUAAUAGGCUAAAGAGGAAAAGGAAAAUAAAAAAUCAACUGAAGGGAUGAAAACUCUAGACUAUUUCUCAUAACACCUCAUCACAAUUCCCUUUGUUUUCCACCCCAUGACCACAAAAAAAAAAAAAAGCUGCGAUAAUUAUGAUAUAUCUUCCGAAAUACAGGGAAAAGAAAAUGAGAUAUUCUUUUCCAAAAAAACUCCUUUUAGGGGUGGAAGGGGAUCUUUAGAAGGGGGAAUAGGAGGUGAAUGGUGUGGGGAGUGGCCGGCGGUGUUUGGAAGUAGGGAUGCGCGUGACCAUGGAGAGGAUUAAGUGGUAAGAUGCACUUGAACGUGGCAACAUUAGCCUUUUGAUUUGGCUUAGACAUGUGAUUUUGCUCACGAGGGGGGGGCCAUGAGAGGAGGGGUGGUUUCGGCUUUUAAUUUUGCACAGUAGAGUAUGUUUUUUGCUUUUUCUAUUGUUUUUGGAUGACAUUAUCAUGUGGCAAAGUGUAAUUAUUCUGUUUGUCAAUAUAUGCCAUUUUAAAUUUUGAUACCACAA